AUGUCUGGAUUCGCGCUGCAAUGUCUUGCGUUGCUCAUGGCAUCCGCCGCCACCUACCUUGUGUUCAUGACUGUCUACUGGCUUUUCUUCCAUCCUUUGUCGAAGGUUCCGGGCCCAAAACUGGCAGCUAUCAGCGGCUUGUACAUGGCUUACUACGAUAUCGUGAUGCUUGGAGGAAUGGUUGAUCAAUUGGAAGUUUUACAUGAAAAAUACGGACGUGUGUUCGACCAAAUAUACCGAUCGAGAUUCACAAAGGAGGCCUGGUUCUACGAUGCUUUCCUCGCGUCAGAGUCCUCUUUCGCUUGCAUUGAUCCACGAAAAGCGAAGAUCCAGAAGGAUAUUAUGCGUCCGUUGUUUUCUAGAAAGGCGAUCCUCAAAUUAGAGAACGUUAUACAACGGGGUGUAAUAGUUACCACCUAUUGCUUCGCCAAAUCGUUUGAAGCCAUCGAUUAUCCAAACUUCCAGCAUCCAAUGCUACUUUCCCUCGACUCCUCUGGCUUUAUGAUUUUCCUCAUGCAACACUUUCCUUUCGUCAUACCGUUUAUUUUGGGCAUUCCUCACUGGCUCGCACGUCGCAUCAGUCCGGAUUCCUUGGAGAUGCAAUUUUUUCUGAAGACGCUUGAGUCUCAGAUUGAUAAAAUUCUCGCUAACCCGACGACGUUGGAGAGCGAAGAGCACCCCACUAUUUACCAUCAUUUUCUUGCGACAGAUGCCCAGGUGAAAGUGUCCAAAAAGGCACUUCAAGAUGAAUCUGCGGUGCUGUUGGCUGCUGGGACUGAUACAGUGGGGAAUGCAUGUAUGAUUGGGACUGUGCACUUGUUGAGCAAUCGGGCGCUGAAAGACGAAUUGGUUUCCGAAUUGAGAGCUGCGUGGCCUGACUUGGACAGUCCUCUGAGCCUCGAAAAGCUCGAGAAACUGCCUUACCUUACGGCUGUAAUUAAGGAGUCACUGCGCCUUUCGCAUGGGGUUGUGAGCCCGGCUCCUCGCGUUGUCCCCUUCAACACCAUGAUAGCAGGAGUUUUCGUUCCGGCCGGGACCGUUGUCGCGAUGGGUGCGACAUUUAUGCACUAUAACCCCAAAGUCUUUACCAACCCCAAGAGAUUCGACCCCGAUAGGUGGUUACAGCCGAACAUCACAGAGCUGGAAGAGAACUUUGUGCCGUUCUCGAAAGGUCCCCGGAGCUGCCUUGGUAUCAACCUCGCGUGGGCCGAGUUGUAUCUAAUGUUCUCGAACAUCUUCAGGAAAACCGAUAUGGAGCUCUUCAACACGACGUAUGAUAUUUCCCAUUAA